AUGACGUUGACGGUUUGUCAAGGUAUACUUAAUAAUUGGCAGCUAGGGGUAUCACAAGUAAUAAAUGGUAGUACCAAUGUCGAUUCAACUAAUCGAUGUAUCGCUUUUGGUGUGUUGACCACAUUUUUGAAACAAUAUCCAAUAAUAAACAGUCAAGAGACUGGAAAUGGUGGUUGUGAUGCAAUCUUCGGAAGUGAAUGCUCACAAAGUAUUCGUAAAUCAUUACAACAAUCUUUUGAUGAUAUUAAUAGUAUAGGUUGUGGAGUUCAAACUCUACACAUUUUUACAGAUCCUCCCACAGGAUGUCGAUUUCUAGACCAUGAAAUGAGUACGGUCUUAAAAUUUACAUUACGGAAAAAUGGUUCGAUCGAGGGUAUUAUUUCACCAACAGCAAAUUCAGAAAAAUGGAUGGACUCGGAAGACUUUCCAACCGCCCUACGUAACGAUGAUGAUCCGUCGAAAGCUUUUGUUUUUACAUAUUUCGUGGGACGUUCUUAUUCUUCAGACAUUGUCGACAGUGCUAUUGCAUGUUUUCCUAUUUAUAACGUAACUGUAGCACCAAAAACAACAGUACUACCUAGCGAUAUAGCGACACAACUUUUUGUCUCUGGAAGAUUUUUAAUUUCCUUAUCAUUAUUACACUUCUUUUCUCAAUUUAUGAGAUAUUUACCAUGA